AUGACAACAUUAAGUGAUGACUCAGACAGUGAAGAAGACACCAACACCAAUUUCGUAGCAUUCACUGCAAAUCAUGAAAAUAACAAUGGAGAAGAUAUACAAGAAUUACUAGAGGCAUAUACUCAACUACAUGCCAAAUGGGAACAAAUCAUCAAAAUAAAUCUAGAUCUCAUGGAAGAAAAUCAGUUUCUAAAAGAUGAAAAAGAUAGAGGAGUAAAACGCCUUACAGAUACUCAGAAUGAAUUAAUGGAGUCGAAAGGCAGAGAGGCCAAACUGUUACAAGAGAUCAAGGAACUAACUGAGAGGCCUAGAUCUCCAAAUCCAGCAUCCAAUGAAAACAAAUCAACAGAGAUUGGUCAGUACUCAGUACAAAGCAAGAAAAUCUGGGUAAGAAAAGAUCAUAAUGUUGCCUACACCUCAAAAACUAGCAAAGAACAAAACGUAUGGUAUUUUGACAACGGGUGUUCAAGGCAUAUGACAGGAAAUCCAGAAAAUCUGGAAAACAUUCAAUACAAGAAUGAAGGACAUAUUACCUUUGGAGAUGGAGGAAAAGGCCAGAUCAUUGCAAGCGGCAUCUUGAAUGUCCAUGGGCUGCCUAGGUUGCCAAAAGUCCUUUUAGUACAAAGUCUAAAAACAAAUCUAAUCAGCAUAAGUCAACUUUGUGAAGAUGAACUCAAAGUAGAAUUCUCUAAAGACAAUUGCAUUGUGUUUAAUCAGAACCACAAGUGUGUCAUGAUGGGAAAAAGGUCCGCAAACAAAUGCUAUACAUGGAACGGUGACCUAUCUGGUUUACAGACAACUAACAAACAAAAACAAUCACGGCACCAACAUAUGGGACACAUAAAUUCUCAUGACAUCAAAGGGGACCAAGAAAUAUUCUUAGACUAUUCAAGUUAUUCAUCAAACAGUAAGACCUUCAGUGCAGACAGUACAAUGGAAUCCAUGAAUGUGGUUAUUAAUGACACAAUUUCAAGAAUAACCACUAAUGAUGACGAAAGUCCCAGAGUUGUUGAAACAACUGUUCCAACACCUCUGACUACUGUUAUGCAAAAUCACAAAACAGAAACAGAACCAGAUGAAGAAAAGGAUGAUGGCUCUUGA